AUGCGAUUCCUGGAAACGAAUGAGAGAUACCAGGCUCUAGAUAAGCUUGACCGUCCAAUGUCCUCGUAUCCAGAUAGUAGUACUCUCGAAAUUUUGCUCAAGCUGAGAAAUUGCUCGACAUUGGCAGAUCCUUCGGCUUAUGUUGCAGUCUCUUAUUGCUGGAAUCGGGUAAAUGUCGAAUGGUUUGACGCUGAAGGUGCGUUGCCUGUUAAGGUCGUCCAGAAGAAUUGCUCUACAAGGCCUUGUGUCGUACCCACGGAUGUCAUCCACCGUGUUCUUGCAUACUCAAAGGCUCGAGAAAUCAACGCUAUUUGGAUUGAUCAAGAGUGUAUCAACCAAAAUGAUCCUAUCGAUAAAGAAGAUGGGAUACAAGCAAUGGAUUUAGUAUAUCAAAGAUCUGCUCAUCCCAUUGCAAUUCUCGAAACCUGCUUCCACACCCAGGUGCAGUAUGACGUUUUCGCCGCUAUCGCCGACCCACAUUUCUUUGAUUUCGAUCCUACCUACAUUGAAGACUUGGGAGAUAUUCUUGGAGCCUUGGCUGACGAUAAUUGGUUCACACGUGCUUGGACACUGCAAGAAUCGACGUCGGCAGGUGUAAGCAUGCUGCUUCUCAUUGGCUGCCCUGGCCUCAACAAGUCAGAUGUAUUUGGUCCGAUCCCUGAUGAGUUUGAAAUCAGUAUAUGGGACUUCCAAGAAGCCAUGGUCAAUGCACGUAAUCUUAUCGAAGAAGGAAUCGCUCAAAAUUGGUGGCCAGACACAAGCGACGCCAUUUAUGCCUCAAACCUUGCUGACGAGCUUUGGAACCGCAUUCCGACAAUAAUUCCAGACAGCUUCGAAUCAAGGCAAGAGGUCUCCUAUCGCCAAGUUUGCAAUGCUGCGGAAGCUAUUACCUUCCUCGCUGGGCGCCAGGUCUCUUUCUUCCCAGAUAAGCUCGCUAUUUUGGCAAAUAUGUGCAACUACGAAUGCAGGAUUGACACCAAGAUUCUAGAGAACCCUAAAUCUUCAUUCUCUACUUGUGCGCUGACACUGUCGAUUCUCAAUGGGGAUAUGUCGUUAUUGAUGGGCUACGGCGGUAGGUCUCCCUGUGGAUUGCCGUCUUAUGGAGAAGAUUGUCGGGCCGUGUCCGAUAUAUUUCAAAAUGAUAAUGAUGAUGAUGAUGAUGAUGGUUUACCAAUGAACCACUACGGCUUUUCCUGGGGUCCUAAACCUUCUGGGAGCCUCAACAACAUUGUUUAUUUGGAAGAGUGCGGUGCAAUGUUACGUUUACAGCCAUCUGUUUUAUUAGCAGAUGGGUUGAAGGUCAGGGGUACGUUAUGGCAGUUUGAGCAAGAUAUCGCGGUACCCAACACACAGGCACAGUUCGAAGCCAGAUGGAAAAGAGAGCUGGAUCUACAAGUUGGUGAAGACAUGUGGGCUAGCCAAGGGAGACAGGAGAGACAACGGUUUCUAAUGUAUGAAUUCGCCAUGACGUUACUCCACGAGCUCCUAGACUGCGGGUUUUUUGCUCUAGCCAGAACAUUCUGGCUGUUCUUGCAACCCUUCGGGACAUCUGGUAGACCGUGGUUGCAUUCCUUUGACGACGUCUUUGGCCGUCGAGUCGCAACAAACCAAGAAGACUCAAUGUCGGAUACUCUUGCUCAAGACCUUCAAAAGCAAUGGCCUAUAAGCUUACUCUCCGUCGAUCUUGAGUACUACAAGAUACCUUCUAUUCACAGAAAACUCAUCGAACAAGUCGGUCAAAGCGGGACCUUACUAUUUGGUAAUCCGUUGACCAAAUCAAUUGAACCUUUACCUUCUCAGCCCUAUGUUUGGUUUGAGAACACCAGGAAGGGUGAGUUGAUUUUCACGCCAUUCACCACCAUGGGAAACGAAGCGGCUCUCUCUAGUUAUCGCGAACGUGCUAUAUCGUGGCAUGUAAGACAGACUGGUAGGAUCGUUGAUGCUUGCGAAACCCUACAUUGUCUGAGCCGGAGACGUGGAUUCUGGCGUUUUGAAGGCUCGGAAUCGAGAGACUACGUCCUGGAGUGA